GUUGCGAACGAACGCAAAAGGCAAAGAAGAUUCCUUCACUGAAGCGCUGCUGCUGCUGCAAAAGGCAAGUCGUCGUGGCAUUUGGUAUCCGCACAUAUACACACACACAUACACAUAGAGUCUCUCUCUCAGACACACACACACACUCUCGUAUCUGCCUGCCUACCAGUGCCCCCGUCACAGCUGAGGAGGUGCCGUGUGUUUGUCUGUGUAAGCGUGCGUUGAGAGGUAAUUGAGAGCGCCAAAUUCAUUGACGAUAAGCUUACAAGCAAAAGAGAGAGAGAAAAGGAGAGCGCCUGAGAGAGCAGUGCUUUACGGUCGGUCAGCGAGAUAGAGAGGAGAGCGCUUAGCCAUCGAUAACAAAAACAACGAAUAGCAAAAGGUUGCUCUGCACCCAGCAAGCACGCCCCACUCGCGCCCCCAUCCACAACCCACGCUCUGAAGUGAAAGACGUUUUGCAAGUGCAUAUAUAGAAAAAAGUCAACGGGAUACUGGACACUGACACGGACACGGGCAACAAAGUCGCCGCCGUCAUCGCACUUACACUUCGACGUACAAAUUGGUUAAUACAACAACAACAACAUCAGCAAUAGCAUCAGCGGUUGUAAUAACAAAAGGAACAGCAACAAAACCAAACAGAAAAAACAAUCAUGGGCAAGAAAGACAAGAACAAGGAACCGGCGGAUGCUGCACCAGUUGGCGAUGCACCCCCAGCCGAUGGUCCACCGGCGGGCGAGGGUGCUGAUGGGGAGAUUGUUGGGGGACCACGCAAUCCCCAGCAAAUUGCGGCACAAAAGCGCUUGCAACAGACGCAGGCUCAAGUCGAUGAGGUCGUGGACAUAAUGCGCACGAACGUGGAGAAGGUGCUGGAACGGGAUGCCAAACUGUCGGAGCUGGAUGAUCGUGCCGAUGCCUUGCAACAGGGCGCCUCGCAGUUCGAGCAACAGGCGGGCAAACUAAAACGAAAAUUCUGGUUGCAGAACUUGAAGAUGAUGAUCAUCAUGGGCGUUAUUGGACUGGUCAUCGUUGGCAUUAUUGCAAAUAAACUAGGCCUCAUAGGGGGCGAGCAGCCGCCGCAGUAUCCGCCGUAUCAGCAGCAGUAUAUGCCACCACCACCGCCGCCACAACAGCAGCCACCCGCCGGAGGACAAUCGGCGCUAGUCGAUGAUGGAGCCGGGGCUGGAACUGGAGUCGUGGCCAAUUCGGAUCAUGGCGGGGCAUAAGUAAUUCUAGACGCCACACGACCGUUUCUCGAUUACAAAUAAUAACAAAGUAUAAAAAAAAAAUAAAAACAAUACAAACUCAGUUGAACUAGAAAAAAUCUCGAGAAUUGCAACCAAAAUAAUAAUUUCUACGUAAAGCUUGUACUAAAAACGAUGUCAUUCAAAAUUGAGAGAAUGCGCAAAACAAAAGAAAGGAAAACAUUUUAAGUAAAUUAUGACUCAUAACAUUAAUAAUAAAUAUAAUACAAAACUAAAAAAAGACGCUCCGGGCAAAUUAAAGUUGUUGCUAAUUUGUUUAUGGUUACAUUAUUUCAUGCAUAUACUUAUAUAUAAAAAUUACUAUAUAUAUAUAUAUAUAUAUAUGAAUAAAACAAAAACUAUAUAUAUAUAUAUAUAUAUAUAUAAAUUGUACUUAAUACCCCUCUGUGCUGGCAACAAGGAGCGCCAGCGCUGGGCAAGGUUCAGGUUGCUUCCCAAAAUGUUCGCAUUCGCAGCUCUUUGAACUCAGUUUCUUCAGAUUAUAAAAUAAAACCAAAAGCAUGACUUUCGGAACAAAAUGCUUAAGCAAAGUUUGCUGUAGACAAAAUAUAAGCUUUUGUUCCCGCAUAAAAGGAUACCCCCCAAAAAACAAAAACCAAACAUAUUUGAAAUGUAUAAUCCAAA